AUGACGAUUCCAAAUUACAAACAAAGAUUAGAUUUGUUUCGAAAGUCCAAAAAGAUUAGUCAAAAAAACUACAAAUGGAGAUAUACCGUGAUACCUUCGGAUUGGUUAGCACAAAUGGGAUUUUAUUUUGAUCCAAUCGAACAAGAAAAUAGCGAUCUAAUCCUGAAAGAUGCCAUCAAUUGUAUCUAUUGUCAUCGCCACACUUUCGAUUUGAAACAUUGCAGAUCAAAGUCUAAAGACAAACUAGAAACUAUAUCCAAUGUUUUAUUGCAACAUUUGAGCGGUGAUAAUUUAAAUUGUCCAAUAAGUUAUCUUAGAUUGAAAAUAAUUAAAGAUUUUAAAUAUAGUUUAGGUACGUCAAAUUGGUCUAAUGAUCCAAUAUUCAAUGAUCCUUUUAAUCUAAUAACAAGAAAUAUAUUCAGGACGAGUUUUCUUGAUUUGAACUCAAAUCAAACUUGGAAUAAAGAUAAGAUUAAUGAUGUUAUUAAUGCUGGUUUGAUACGUUUCGAUCUUUCAUUCAAUGCUUUUAAUAAUAAUGAUUAUAUAGUAGAUCUUCCCACAACAUCCCCAUCCCCAUCUUCUUCUGCCUCUUCUUCUUCCUCUUCCUCAUAUGAUAUUGUAUUUUGUAUAUAUUGUAAAACUAUUAUCAGAUUAAACUUUAAUGAUACUCUAAAACCAAUAGAAAGGCAUUUUUUGGCCUGCCAUAACGGUCAUUGUUAUUUUUUUAAGAAGUUAAUUCAAAUGUUUCCAGAUUUUAAAGAUUUAAGAAAUAUACAUGAAUUCAACAUCGUUGAUGAGACUGAACCAACAGAUUCUAUGGAUUCAAUUAUUCAUAAUUCUUUACUUUAUGAAAACUUGACUAAAGAUGAUAUAUCUCGGUCUAAAAAUGAAGAUGUAUAUGAUAUUCAGAACAAAACCACAUUUACUCCUGAACAGAUGAACAAAGUAGAAGAGCUAAAAAAUCUAGAUCAGUCUGCAAAUAAUAUUGAAGAACGUAGUCAAAAUGUAGAUAAAAAUAAUAUGGAUUCAAAUUCAAAACAAGAGGGUAAUAUUACUUCUGAAGAAUUAUCAACAGGAGAUAACUAUGAAUUGAGUGACAAAUCACAGCCCAUAGAAGAAAGCGAUCCAACAUACGAGAAUGAUAUGGACACAAGUGAUGAAAAGGAAGAAAGAAUAUAUCACAAGAUUAAACAACAGCCUACACUCAUCACUUCUCCCAAGGAUGAUAGGAAUGAUAAUAAUAAUAACUUAAAUGAUAAGACACAGAUUUUACAGGAUCAGACAAAGGAAACAACCAAUCUAAGCAAGACUAAUAUAAAAAAAAGAAAGAAACUGUUAGGGAAAUUACCACAAAGAAUAGUAUCAAAUACGGAUACAACUUUUAAUGAUGAUGUAUCUUCAGAAAAAUCAGUAAAUUUGUCAAAGAAUAAAGAUUUGAUUUUGAAUUUUACAGACCAUGUUAAUAGAAAGAAAGAAAUCACUAGAACUAACAAGAUUUUAGACGAUAGUGCCGAUGAUUUUAGUUUUAGUAAUAAUGGAUCUCAUUUGUUUCAGUUAUCGCCUUUGAAAAAAUUAGAGAGUCCCAUAUAUAAGGAAAAACUUAUAGUAGACAAACAAUAUUUACAAUGUCCUGAGACAGCUGGAACAAAGAGCGAGAUAGCUAACAAUAGCACCAACUUACGAUCACCCAUGGGCCCCGAUGAAAUGGACGAUAACAAAAGUUCUUCUACUAGUUCAGAAGUGCCCGGUAUUGAAAAGAAUAUUCAUUCUUCUGCUCCCUCAUCCAUUAUUCAUAAUCUGGAGCAACAAAAUACACUGUUAAUUGAUGAUGAAAAGGAGCAAUAUACUGAAUCUACCAACCGAGAAGAAAAAGAUCAAAUGAUAUCAAAAAAAAUACACAAUGAUAAUACUACAAUGUUAUUACAGACGAAUUCAAAUGAUGGAAAUAAUAAAAUUGACUCGGAGAAUAUAUUAACGGAAGAGAAUAAAAGAUUUGUCAUCCAACAAGAAAACAAUUUGGACACACAUCAUGUAUCUGCAAAACUCAAUAAUGAGAAUAAAUCAAACAAUGAUUCUAAAGCCUCUGAGGCACAGUUGAGCGUUGAAAAAGUAUUGACAGUGAAGAAAACAGUCAAUGAAACUUCUUCUAAACGAUUAAGAAAAGAUUUAGUCGAUCAACAACUGUCUACUACUAAAAAGAGAAAGAAGUCUAGUGUUUCUCGUAUAGAAGAUGAAAAAGAGAAUAAGCCAAAACAUGAUAAUAACAACCCGGUUGGAAGAAUUUUAUCAGGGGCCAGUUUGGCGACAAAAAUUCCAAAUACAAUGAUAAACAAAAAUAAUAUGAAGGAAAAUCUAGUUGAGAUACAGACGAAUAAUGAUUUUUUAACAUCUAGCUCUUCCAUUACAGAAGAACUAGAUCAUUAUAUUCCUUCACCGGAGAAAAAUAUAACAUCUUCUUCUUUACUACCACAGGAGAAAGAGUUGUCUUAUCGACGGCUUAGGCAUGCCUGA